AGCAAACUUUCUUCUUUUGUCGCAUGACAUGCGUCGUCGUAACUCUUGUAUUUAGCGGCUGAACGGUUCGUAAUUACAGCAUACGUCAGUAUACUUUCCCCUUUUAUUUUUUUCCGGUGAAAACUCAUCGAGCAAUCAUGCCACCCAGAACUGCGUGACAGAUAACAAUUAGUUCAGAGAAACAAAAUGGUGUAUCGCAUAUUUAAUGUCCUUAAAUGCGCUCCAACUUUUUAAAAUCGUGCCGAUAAUGAUGUGCAACCAAGUGCUAAAGCGACAUCCUUUUCCUUUUAAGCAAUUCCGGCUAUUCGAAAAGGAAAAAAAGAAAAAUAUUCAAAAUCGUCUGAUCUCGAGGUCUUUAGUGAAAUUAAAUUGCCGUCGCUUAACUCAUUUAGUAUAACAGCUAGCUGGGAUGGGGAAAGAGCUACAAGAUGAAAACGGUAAAAGUUUUGUAAUUCAUUGAAGAAAGUUAUCGAAAGCUUUCCCGUCUAUCAAAAACGAAUCGCCGUAUGGGAAAUAAAAACGCAAGCGCUAAGAAAAAGCCACGAAAAACUGAAAACUAGGGUAAAACGAAGUGACAGCUAACUCCGGCAGAUGUUCACAAAUACCAACAAGACUUUGGUAAGGAAAAGAUAAAAUAUAAGAAAGAAAAAAAACAAAAAACAAAAAAAGAGUGAGCCGGAAAGGCAUCGAGUUGCACAAAUCACACUGCAUGGCCAGUUCCAAAAGGCUGGACUAUAUAGCCUACAACAAAGAAAACCACAGACGGGGCAUACAACAACGACAGACGAAAAAAAAAAUAUAUAUCUAUGAAAAAUAAUGACGCUAUUAUUUGAUGGUGUGUACCUAGAAAGUCAGAGAUGCCUCGCACCAGAACUGGCGCUAUAUACAUGUCGAAAUGUAAUAGUCAAGUUUCACAUCUCAUCUGUCCAGCACGUUACUUAUAUCUGCGAAAAACACGGAAUAACAUAACGGUACACUGAUACGUUCUCUACGUAAAACUGAAUCUGCAAAGAAGAUGUGCAUCGACCCAAAACGAAUAAGCAUGCUAUCUGUUAUCUGCAGUAGCCAAGUCGAGCAACACAGUUUGAUUAUCACAAAUAAAUUGAAAAACAAAUUUCAAAAAAUGAUGUAAGACACUGGACUGGAUUUUUCAAAAAAAUUACUGUCUUUACAAUGCGUCACAGUCUCGCGUAUGGAAUAACUUUUGCGUCCUUCCAUACACUGAUUCUUGCUGUGAGCGCAGCCGAUAAUAAAACGAACAAAAUUUUCUGUGGCUAACAUUUUUGCUUUUUAUUCCUUUUUUGGGGGGGGGUUGGCGAGUACUAUAUGCUCUUGAUAAAAACCGUAGUCGUUAUGGGCGCGACCUUGUUUCUUGCCUAUUAGAUACCCGAGCGCAUCGUUUUACUACCUAAGAAAUAAGUCUAUUGGGGAAACAUAAAAAAAUAAAUGCGUACGCAUAUGAAGCAGUCCGAAUUGCACGGCUUGCAAGCAUCAAGUCGUGCGACAAAGUCGAAACUAUCAAGAAAAGAAAAAAAAAAUAAAUAAACGGAAUGUAUAGAGAAAGCAGGCUCGGAAAGAUACCAUCUCCUUGGCGAGAGAAGAGCCAAAAAAGACCAGAUGGCUUCGAUACAAAAUCAUGGCGCGCUUCAGUCCCGUACGGCCAGUCUAUUCCCGUUCGCCGUGCAGGACAGAUUGUCUGUAGUGUCGGCUCUCCCAACAAAACAACACACGCAAGUGCCCGAAAUUGUAGUGACCAACUUUGAGUCUAGUGUCACGUUUUUUUCCCGUCAGCAUGGCACUCGCACGCCGCUGAUCCAUCACCAUUUGUACAGCACCAGGUUUAUACUUCACCACGUCACCCGAUUGUUCCUUUUUUUCUUUGGGUAGUUCGUAACGGUUCCAAUCAUCGAGGCACGCGCUACCAAUAGGAUAACCUAUUUGUUACAUCAACAAUGGCAAGAUACAUCGCCUUAGGUGUUUGGUUCAUUACCGGCAUCGCAGUUUUUCUUUUUCUCUUCACCAGCGCGCAGGAGUUGAACUCGAACGCACAAGAUCAAUUCGAUAGUGCAGAGGAAAAUCGACAAUCUGGUCCAGGAUUACAACAAUCCGCUAAUAAUAAUCGACGACGUGCUGGUGGAACUAUCAAAUACAAGAAAAUCAGCGUCAUGAAAAGUGGAAGUGCAUUUGAGAAGCCCGGAUUGUUUGAAGUGCCCGAUUUAGGACCGAAUAAAACCAGGCGGUUGAAACCCAAGACAUCUAAUCGUCACACCAUGAUCUACAGACCCACGAAGAAGAGUUUCCCAUCGCCGAAAAAGGAGAGUCUUGGAUUAUCGACGGCACAAACAACUCCAUCACCGGAAGUGAAAGUACAAAGACUGCCCGACAGUGGCCGAAAUUACGGGACUAAAUCGUGGCAGCAAGUGCAACCCGUUACUGAAGUUAUCAACAGCUUUAUACGGCCGACCAAGCGGAAUCGAGUUCGUGUCAACAACCGGCCUUCCAACGAUAUUACUGCGCCACUAACGACUCCGGCCCCGAAAGUUACACUGGACCCGCUGCGGCCCAUCUCUCGCGUCAGAAGUGGAAGUAGCAUUACGACAACCACCACAUCGGCACCUACGACGACUAAAUUUCUUCGCUUGAGCCGUAAGCCCAACCGAUGGCAAAGUAAUGUGUCAAAUAACAAGAAACACCAGCAGCAGCCCGCAAAACAUCACGGAACUGAUAACAGUGAAUUGCCAUCUUCAGCUAUACCUACAACAACUACUGAAUCAACAACCGUCGCUAGAAUCUCGUCCAGCAGCCCAAAAGUAAAUGUUAUCCAGCUAACGGAAGCCACAGUUAUUAGCGACGCUUCAAACAAAGAUGAAGCUCCAGAAUCGUCGGCUGAAAUCGAACACGUUAAGGAAGAAUCUGCCAUCCGCAAGAUCGCCGCCAAACCGGAUAAAAUUGCGUAUUUUGACAUGAGCGAAUCGCUUUCCCGGCCCAAAGAUUCCAGCCAGGAGCAGCAGAGAACCACCCGGCCGAGACUCCACGUCCCGAAAAAAGAUUCUACCAAUUACGAAAGUCAACGCGAGACCAACAAGGAGCCGAUUUUGCUGCAAACUAAAGAGCAACGAGAGCAACAACAGCAGGAGGAGCAGCAAUUAGAGAAAAACGAAGAUGCGUUACACCAACAACCCGAAGUGUCGGUCCAGUUUCCGAGAGUCAGGCAGCGCCUACCGCAACCCGAGUCGAAUUCUCCGCAGCCAUUUGCAACGGUCGAAGAAACGGAGAAACGACUCGAAAAGUACGAAGCGGAAAAAAACAAGCAGCUGGAUCGGCUGAGACAGAGCAAGAUUCCAGAUGCGGUAAUACAGUUCGCGGCGGAGGAAUCCCCGAGAGCGCGCAUAGUCCCGUCGAGAGCUGAAUAUCAAAACGGACCCGUUAGAAUCAAUUCGGCCCCGCUCAAUGAAAAAGAAGAGUCGGUGCUGGAUUUCACCAGAGUUCCGCCGUCCGAAUUCGGCCAGCGACUGCCACCGGGACAGAAUAGUUUGCCACAGUCGGACUCCCGGCCGGCAUACUACGAGUUUGAAGCAGCUUAUCCGACGCCGGGCAAGGUGGAGCAGCAGAGAUAUGUUUACAAUCCUUCCGCCGGAACGAAAUCGAAUUCCAAUCAAGAGCGAUAUCGCCCCGAGACGGAAUACAAUACAACACCUCGGCCGAAUCACGAUUCGAAUCGAAGGCCUGAAGUGAUUUACAUUCACACGACACCGCGACCUGAAGAAGAGAAAUACCUGAGACCAGAAGUUAUUUACACGAGUCGACCGAAUGCAAAUGAAGACAGGAGACCUGAAGUUAUUUACACAACCCUGCGGCCGAUUAUUCCAAAGGAAGAUCGAAGACCUGAUGUAAUUUACCAGACAACAACUCGACCAAUUGUGAGCGACGAGAAACAGCGAAGACCCGAAAUAAUUUAUACGCCACCGGAGCACGAAUAUCAGCCGCCAUCUGCUUACCUGGCCAGCCAUCAGGGAACUUAUCCGCGUGUGAGAAUCGCAUACCAACCGGCUCCGUCCACCAUCCCACCUCCUCCGGUGACGUAUGAGCCUCCCCAUUUGGAGUUCAUGCCACCGUCGGCCUCUCCUCCGCCCAGGAUUUAUGUCCCGCCAGUGGAAGAGUACAAACCUCCGGCGACAACAGCUGUUGUUUUUCAAGGACUGCGCCCGGAGGAGAAAACGCCAUCUGUCGUCCAUUCGCAAAGAUUUGAAGAUCCUCGAGCGAGCGAAGGUCUACGCAAAUUGGAGGCAAUCAAUUCGUACACUCGUCUAGUCUCGGUUGGCCACCCUUCCGUCAAACAAUUACCGUACCCACCUGAAAGAGAUGGGCCGACGUCUGGAUCCAGUCGGCCAGUCCAACAGCCGGAGCCGAUCGUCAUCACGGUCACGGAAAAUCCGUACAGAUCUUACGAACGGACUCGAGGUGGCAACGAAAAAGGCGAACGAUAUCAAGAGAAACCUUACGUGCUGCACGGAAAUUAUCAACGGGAUCCGGCGGCCGGAAAAUCGCAUUUGGUGGAAAGCGCUUACAUCAUCGGUAGCGCCACUCCGGUGGUGCAUCACGAAAGACCCCGCCCAACUUUCGAAGGAUCUAGUUUAAUAGUUGGCAAACCCUAUCCCAUCAAAGACGAGGGGCCUGUUCAAAUACACGUCGCUACUUACGCUUCUUACGAACGCCCUAAAAGCGAGUCUCUAAUACUCGAAAGGCCAGUCUACUCGUCUCCUUCCGUUGAAAUAAAUACAGGGCGACGUUUCCCAGAUCCUCCUCCGACUUCCGAACGUCCAUCUUACCAGCAGUCUCAUCAAUUGAAUCAACCCAGCAAUCAGCCUUAUCAGUCUUAUCCACCUGAUCAGUCGUAUCAGUCUUAUCCAUCUCAACAAUCCUAUCGGCCUGAUCCAUCGCAACAGUCCUAUCAAGGAGAGCAGUCUCAUCCAUCCCAUCGGCCUGAUCAAUCUCAUCCAUCCUAUCAGCCUGAUCAGUUUCAUCAGUCCUAUCAAUCAAACCAGCCUAGCCAAGCUUAUCAAUCGCAACAACCCAGCCAUCAAUACAAUCAACAGCCUCUACAGUCUAAAGAACCACGCAAACUUAAUUUCCCUCCAUCAGCAUCUGAACGGCCGUAUGUUAUCCACUUGCCAGCGGGGCGGGACGUUAUUGAAGUAAUCGACAAUCGAUACGAAAAUGUGAUCCCAGUCAGCGAGCAGCCUCAGCACAAACAUUACGGGCCGCCAGCAGCGGAUGAGGAAAUUGUGGUGCGGACAGAAAGACCCCCGCAAGAAAUACGUUACGUCGUGACAGAAAAACCGAUGACAGUUACCGUUCGACCUCACGGCGUACCCUCUCCAGAAUCUGAGAUUGCGUAUCAAUCUCAACUAACAAGUGAUCAAUCUAGCCUCCUCAUGUCCAUUUCUGAAACCAAAACAAAUAUGGCGAAAAACCAACAGUUAACGAUACAAGACCAACAGACUCGCCCAGCAGCAACAGAUGUACAGUCUGAUGAACAAAAACCGCAACAUCAUCAACAGCCGGAAUUUCACCAGUCUAAUGUUCCGGCUUCUUUUUACCCGGUUGGCCCAGUGAGAGCAUACCAGGUGACUCAUGCCGUUUACCCGUCACCGCCGCCUAGAUUUUUCCAACUUCCGGGUCCGCUACCAAAUCCUUUCGAGGAUCAGUUUCCAGCAUCUCCACCUUCGUCUACCCCACCGCCACCUACACCACCGCCAACUACACCACCACCACCCACUACACCACCGGGACGACAGCAUCAGCCGAGUUCGUUUGAAAAUCAUUUACCAAAGGGGGACACUUGGGCUGUGAAUCCAUUGUUCCAGAAUCAAGAUCAAUUCCCGAGCAGUCGCCCGUUUGCCAGCAGUAUCCAACCGCUAAUAACCGAGGAAUCACCCCAUUCAUCUGAGAAAGUAGUUCGGUACAGGCCGGCUUCAUUUUAUCAGGAUAACGACAGGCUCAACCGUAGUCUAGCGUAUCAUACAGUUCCAUCGUAUCAGCCACAACUGCUACACGACAGUCCGAUUGUAAUUCACGAAACGUAUCGGGUGAGAGCAGAGGAUUUGACUUACCAUCAGCCACCUGGGAACUACAACGAACCGAAUCCAAUCAGCAAACAAAUCUUUAAUCGGCCGCAGGAAAAUCCUUCGCACCUUCAGCCGACCCCAGUUUAUUACAACAACCAGCCGCAGGAUUCGUACGAUCAUCAGCAACAAUCAGAACAGGAUUUUUCGGGAGUCGAGGGAACACCCGGUGUUGAUUAUCCGAUCUUACACUCAGUCCCUCAUGAUCUGAAAUUCAAAUGCGAGUUGGUGGAUUCACCAAGCACACGCCAUCCGGCCUACUAUGCCGAUCCUUAUACCCGAUGCCAGGUGUUUCAUGUAUGCCAAUCUAAUCGCGCCAAAAAUUCAUUUCUCUGUCCCAAUGGCACAAUUUUCAACCAGAAGGUUCGGGUUUGUGACUGGUGGCACAACGUGCAAUGCGAUGAGUCUUCGGCAUAUUAUAACGUCAACACUGAUGACGAGAAUAACUACCAGUUUAAACUUUCAUCCCAUUGAAGCCGUUUUUGAACAUAAUAAAAUUCCCUUCAUCAUCAUCAUCAUUGCGUAUACAUAAUUACAUUUGUGGCAAUCGGAAUCCAUCGACGUUUUUGUCAGAUUGCAUUUUGGCCGGUAUGGUAAUUAACAAAUUAUGAUAUUAUGUAUGUCAUAUUGUCUGAACGUUCAUUCGUAAACAAAGCGCUUUUCACUGUACACGCAGCCCGAGCUGGUCUCCGGCCUCCAACGAUAUGUUAAUAUAUUUUAAACAACUCAUUUGUAAAUCUAAUUUCACGAAAUUAAACCUACUUCAAUGAAAAUAAACUACGUAAUCCUU